UUGGGGGCGUAUCCUUUCCAUUUGUGGCUGAGUUGUGUGCUUCCCAUAGUGCACUGCAGAGAGAGGAGAUGGCAGCUGUGCUUGAGGAGAAUGGAUGCAGCCCCCCUCCUGGGGACCUGGAUGUGGGACUCAGGAAUAACGCCCGCCAUAAGCUGCAGUCUCUCCUGAACAGAAACAUGCGGAUAGAGAUGACAGAUGGGCGUUCUCUGAUUGGCUGCUUCCUCUGUACAGACCGGGACUGUAACGUCAUCCUCGGGUCCGCCCAGGAAUUCCUCCGCCCCUCAGACACUUUUCCUAUCCGGGAGCCUCGUGUCCUGGGUCUUGCCAUGGUCCCCGGGCAUCACAUUGUGUCCAUACAAGUGGAGCUGGAGAGCGUCACCUCCCCUCAGUACCUGUGAGCGGCGCAGGAGAGCGGACGUCAGGUGUUCCUGAGUGCAGAAUAUAGACAUUGGCUGUCUGUCCCAUCCCCCCACCCCCCAGAUCUGUGUGUACAUUUUUCUAUAAUGCCAAAAAUAAAUUAUUUUUACUGCC